AUGGGCAUUGAAGCUUUUGAAAUGAGUCUUGUAUUGGUGCUCUUGACGAUCCUUACAUUCUCAGCAACAUCUUCAGCCACUGAUCAUAUCUACAAUGUAGGAGACAAUGUCCCCCUGUUCGUCAACAAAAUUGGUCCUUUGAACAACCCCAGGAAGCAGUGGACUGAAGUGGAAGUUCGUGACCGAAAUUGUGAUUUUAAGGCUAAAAAUUCAUUAUACACAGCUUUAUCCAAGAAAGAAAGGGUGAGAAUCAGCCAUUGUGACACCACUAAACAAGCAUGGGAUCUUCUUCAGGUCACUUAUGAAGGAAAUAAAAAGGUUAGAGGUCAGAAGUUUCAGAGACUUAUCUUGGAGUUUGAGAACAUGCAAAUGGAGGAGGAUGAAUCAAUAGAUGACUUUCAUGCUCGUCUUAUGAACGUGACAAGGUGGCUUAAGGCAAAUUUGGAUGGAGCAUUUGAUAGCAGUACUAACACGGGAGGUAUCGGUGUUGUAGUACGUGAUUCUGAAGGGCUGAUUGUGGGUGGCUCUUGUUGUAAAGUUUCAUCAGUUAGUGCUCCUGUUGUUGUUGAGGCUCUUGCUGGGAGGGCUGCAUGUGCUUGGGCUGUGGAGUUCAACCAAGCACCUAUUAUUUUUGAAAGUGAUUGUCUUCAGUUGGUCAAUUCUUUGAAGUCUGAAGAAGAAGAUCAUUCCAUGAUUGGGAGGGUGGUUGAUGACAUUUUGGUCCACUUAGCUUCUAUUCCUAGUUCUUUCUUUCAACAUGUUUACAAAGAGUCCAAUUUGGAAGCACACAAGCUUGCAAAGCUUGCGUUGUAUUCUAAUGUGUUUGCUAAUUGGAAGGGUUCUAUACCUUCCACCAUUCGAAGCCUUGUAACUAUAUCUGCUACUGACCCUCUGAGUGGAAUCCAUGAGGCAGUGAUCCUGGCUAAAUGCCCUCUAAUUGAGAAGAGCACGCGACAUGAUGACAUGCAGAGAUGGGAAAUGGCUCCAUACAUCGAGGCAAUUGAUUCUCAGCUAUCAUCAUAUUUUAUUAUACGACGAUGCUGUGAUGUCCUACGUAUUCGGUGGGAGUCGACACGUAGUCACACAAAGGAACGUGCAUUGAUGAUGAUGGAAACAUUGGUUCAGGGUAUCAAGGAGCCCUCUCCAGGAGUGGCAGACAGGAUUCCUUUCUGCUAUGGGAUUUAUAUCCCUACAGUUUCAGCCUUGCGGAAGGAAUACGGUGAACUUUGUGUCCGCUGUGGUCUGAUAGGAGAGGCAGUCAAAAUUUUUGAGGACUUGGAAUUAUGGGAUAAUCUGAUAUUCUGCUAUAGAUUGAGUCAUGUGAGAUAUCAUAUUAAAAACAGCCUAUUGGAGAAAAAAGCAGCAGCUGUUGAACUGAUCAAGACACGGCUUUCUGAAACACCUAAUGACCCCAGGUUAUGGUGUUCAUUGGGUGACGUUACUAAUGAUGAUGCCUGCUUUAAAAAAGCCCUAGAAGUUUCAAACGAUAAGUCGGCUCGGGCUAAGCGGUCUCUUGCACGCAGUGCAUACAACAGGGGGGAAUAUAGAACAUCAAAACUUCUGUGGCAGUCUGCAAUGGCCUUGAAUUCUCUGUAUCCUGAUGGCUGGUUUGCCCUAGGGGCUGCUGCAUUAAAGGAUGGGGAUAUUGAGAAGGCACUAGAUGGCUUCACUCGGGCUGUUCAGCUUGAUCCUGAAAAUGGGGAGGCAUGGAAUAAUAUUGCUUGUUUGCAUAUGAUAAAAGGGAAGAGUAAAGAAGCUUUUAUGGCAUUUAGAGAAGCACUGAAGUUCAAACGAAACAACUACCAACUGUGGGAGAACUACAGCCAUGUUGCUUUAGAUGUUGGCAAUGUUGCUCAGGCUCUAGAAGCUACGCGGAAGGUGUUGGAUCUUACUAAUAAUAAGAGAAUUGAUGCUGAGUUGUUGGAAAGAAUUAUGACAGAGGUGGAAAGCAUGGCUUCACCUACUACUAAUUCAGCAAUGACUGAUGAUGGAGAUAACUUUCCCGUCAGUGGGACCACAAAUGCAGAAUCUGAUGUGGGAAAAUCUCGGGAAGCUGAGCACUUAGUAGAGUUUCUUGGAAAAGUUCUACAACAGGUGCAUUUCACUUCUACUUGUGCUUCCCUAACUCAAAUAUGUGUAUACUUUGUAGUAAAUAUGCACCUUUCACCCAUAACCUUGUUUCUCUUUAUAGACUUAUGA